CACCAUCGUGCUCAAAAACCUGACUCUUGAUGAUAAUGGAAGAACGUACUCAUCAUUUGCAGCAGUGCUGGACGACAGCGGGACGAGGCGAUACCACCUGGAACACACACAAAUCUGUGAAAUGACUUUACAUGUAGGCGUGCCUUACCAGGAGCCCAGGCUGGAUGUUAAUACAGAGGCUAUGUCUGCAGUGUGCAGUCUGCAAGGAGGAUUUCCUGCCCCUGACAUACAGUGGGUCCUCCUCCAUAACAGCUCCCAUCAGUCAGUGGAGUCCAGGAACGUCAACACUGAAACGAAGCAGAACGUCCACGAUCACCUGUACAGCUCCCGCAGCACUCUGGACAUCCCUGCAGGUCGUCUCGAGGCCAUGAUCUGUCUCAGCCACAACCCGACCCUGAACAGGACUGUGACGGUCACCCACAACUUCAACACAGCAGGUGCAGCAGCGAGGAGCUCACCUGCAGCCCUAACUGUAUAUCUGAUAGCAGCUGCUGUGGUUCUUCUAACAGCCGUGCAGUGAGUGAAGCCACCUGAGGUAGAGCGAUGCAGCGUUUCGGUGGUGGAGGGGUGAAACAGUGUGCCAUGGAGACACUUCAGCGUGUUGUAUGUUGCACCGUACCUUUGCGUGAUAUUGACAGUGCGCACCCUCUGAUUCUGGGUUUCAUGGGUCCUGCUGGGUGGCACUAAACUGGUGCUUAAAACAAAACUUGAAGCUAUAUCUGCUCACACUGGAGUAUUAAACGCACCACAGUGUGAAACACAGCAGUUACUGGACCAUCAAACAUGGUGUCAUGCUGGAUGCCUGUUUAACUGAAUGUCUAUGUUAUAUAAUGUCCACGUGCUGUUGUGUCUUUAGAAGUGUUAUUUAAAAUAAAUCAAAGUGUUAUUUAGAUGAAAAUGAGCCUGUGUGUGUGAAUCUGGCACAUCUACAUGAUGUGGUGCAGUGUUUGUCUUAAUGUGUCUUUUUAAAUAAAACACAUAAAAGUAAAGACGGGUUCUACUGAAAAAUGCUAAAAAUAUUCCUGCUGCAGCUGCUGAGCUCAUUUCAAACAGUUUGAACUUUCAAUUUUUUAUAUCUAAAAUAUAAUCUGAUAUAAUCACACACACACACAUUCACACAUCUGUGUGUAUUAUUAACCUAAAUAAGAUGUGUGCAGUAUGAGUGAUAAAUAUUCUGGAAACAUGACUUUGUGUCCACCACCAGGCCCGUGUUAAACACAGUUUACAGCGUUAUAUGAAAAAACAGUUUAAUACAGCGAGAGACACGAGCAAGCACAGCGAACCAAAGUGAACCAACCAAACAAUUAAUCCUCCUGACAACUUUGUUGGCUUUGCUGCCAGGGGUAGCUACUAUAUCUGUUAAGGAAGGGUUUAUCCCAACUCUGGGCAGCGGAGACGGGCAGACAGGCUCCCAGGUGCAUCUCAGCAGGGCCACGUUUAUUUAACCCUGUGUUUGGACUUGUCACUGUUGGCCAUAACACAAUCAAAGGUUACUUAUUGAUCCUAAUCACUACAUUUCAGACAGUACUGAUCACUAAUGUCACAAACUUCAUUAAUAUAAUUGUGGAUCAUGUUUGACUUAAAUAUUUGGGUCUUGUGAUUUUAAACAUGCAGGUUAAAUGCUGAUCACAGUGAUUCCAUUAUAUAAACACUCCAGUGCAGGUAUAUAUAUAUAUAUGUGUAUAUAUAUAGUGUAUACGAGUAUAUAUGAUUACACAGUAUAUAUGUGAGUAUAGGUCCAGUGUACUCAGUAUAAAUAUGAUUUUGUGUGACAGAGACAUGGAGCCAGGAUGUGAGGACGUCUGCCUGUAAAUAAAAACCAGUUCAUCUGAGUUCUGCUCCCAGCUCUAACAUGUACAUAACAAAUACACAGUACAUAUAGUUACAGUUACAGAAGUUACAUAUUAUAUAUAAACAUACCUGUCCUCUGGUUUAUUAUAUAAUCACAUGGAGGCAAGGACUUCACAGCAGAAGCAUUACUCACAGCCUAUCAUAAGACUGUGUUGUACAUUGUUAUACAGAGUGUGUUUUUUAUUUUUAUUAAUAAAAAACAUCAAGAAGUCACAAACAAAAAGGAGACCAGACCACGGGACAUGUUUAAACAAGGAAGGUUUAUUCAUCUAGAUUAUUUACAUCAAAACAGACAGAACGUCAUGUUUUCACCCAAAACAACCGAUCAAAGCGUCACAUCAGCCCGACAUCAGACAGAAGCUCUGCAGAGCAGCCAGUCAUAACAAAGCAGUUCAUUAUAAGCUGUAGAUUCAAACUGCUCUUCAUAUUUUUGUCCAGCAGAGGUCAGCAAAGAGGACUGUGUUGGAAAGCUUUGAGUAAUGCACCAUUUUCCAAUAAAAGCUUCACAAAACAUCACUACGUAAAACUAACACACAGAACAGAGGGAAGCCCAAACACGAGACCUGAGUGAGGACAGAGGAAAACUGAGACAAUAUAAGGACACAAGGGUGAUUAGGGAGGGUGGAAGGGAUCAAACAUGAAAGCACAAUACAGACGGGAGGAAACACGAGGAGGGGCAGUGUAAACAGGAAAGGGAGACGAGACUCAAGGAUGCGACACAGGACAGGAAAGAGAAUGACACAGGCAAACCUGGGCUGGGAGUAUAAUGAACCUAGAAGGAAAAAACACAACUAAACUAAAAACUACAUACAAAAACUAAACCAUUACAACACAAAGACAUCAGAAACACCAUAAAGUCAACAUGCAGGGUCACAUGACCCAGAACCAUGACAGCCUGAUUCUUAAACCAGGCAAAGAUCCUGCACCCCUACCCAGCUACCGCCCAGUCUCACUCAUUAAUGUCGAGCAAACAUUAGAAAAAAAACACUCCAGUUAUAACUUAUGCUGAUCAGUCAGGUUUGCUGAUUACUACUUUUCCUUGGAGCUCACCUGGUUUGUAGCUCUGACAGUGCUCAUCUUGGUCCUCGUUGCACAGAAGAGCAAAAUGUUAAAAUGUUGCCAAAGCCGCACAAACAUGAGGCCAAAUUAUUGAUCACUUACAUGUUAAACAAGCCUGGAAAGAAAAUAGGAAAUAGACCUGCAAACACAUCAAGCAAUCACCUCUUAGGUCACCAAGCUCAGUAAAAUUCUUUAUUUUUUAAUUUAAAAACUAUACAUAAAGUUUACAUUAGCUUCUCAUAACUGUAACAUUUUAUUUCUGUAGAAGCCAACAAGCUUUGCAGUGUGUAAGGUUCAUGGUGAGAGAUGUGAUCACCUUUGUGUGCACUGUGGUUAAUUUGACCUAAAUACACAUUUUCCAUCCGGUUAUUUAGCGCCACCCCUGUAGCCGUGGAUACAAGUAGCACGAGUAUAAAAAAUGUGUCUGUCAGACGGCAUCAGGUAGAACUUCAUUCAGUUCAGUCGCAUUUACAUAAUAACAAACUUACAACAGCAGUUUCUUCCAGGCGCUUUAUAUUAUCUUGAAAACAGAAAUAAUGUUCUGCUGGUAAAUUAUUGGAGGUGUGUGAUGCAGCACCACCUGUUACAUGCAGCAGUGCAGACAAAGGUGUGAUAUCCGUGCAGAAACUUAUGACCACAAAGUUUCUGUUGUGGGAGGCUGGUUAUAAAAAGAGGCGUGUAGAGUGGGGGGGUCACUGCAAGCCUGGAGCUUCUGUCCCACCAUGAUCUGCUGCAUCCUUUACGUCUUUCUGCAAAUCUCCCUCACAGGGGCUGCUGAGAGCAGCAUAGUCGGUGGCAGGGAGGCAAAGCCCCACUCCAGACCGUACAUGGUGUCAGUCCAGUAUGGAGGAGAACAUUCAUGUGGAGGGAUCCUUAUUCAGAGGGACUUUGUUCUGACUGCAGCUCACUGCAAAAAUGAGACCCGGGGUUCUUGCAGCGUGGUGCUCGGAGCACACGACAUCAGCAAGAAAGAGAGAACUCAGCAACGCAUCCAAGUAGCCGAGUACUACCCUCAUCCAGGAUUCACUGGACGAUACGAAUAUGACAUCAUGUUACUGAAGUUAAAAAAGAAAGCCAGACUCAGUAAGAACGUGAAGACCAUCGGCCUGCCUGAAGGAAACGGGAAAACAUCAGCUAACAUGGAAUGUGCUGUGGCAGGCUGGGGAUGGACUACAGCUCAUGAUUGUCCCUCUAAUGUGUUAAAGGAAGCCACAGAGAACAUAGAGUCCACUUCUAACUGUGAAAACAUUUGGCAACAAUAUUUUAAUUCUGAUCACAUGAUUUGCACCAACUUUACCAAAAAGAGUGGAGGAGUCUGCCGGGGAGACUCCGGUGGACCACUUAUCUGCAAGAAGAAGCUUCAAGGUAUAACAGCUUACACCUCAUCAGAGGACUGUAGUGAUGUCAGGUACCCCCACGUGUUCACUAAAGUCAGUUUCUUCAUCCCCUGGAUCAAGGAAACAAUGAAAAAAUAAAGGAAUGUGCACCAAGAGUGUUUUUUUCAGGCAUUAGAGUUUUAACGUGGUUAAUGUGAAACGUCUGUAUGUUUGAAGAAAGAAAAAAGAAGAAGUUUCCUGAAUGACCGAGAGAAGUGAAACUGAGCAAAUGUUGUGUUGGUAAAACAAACAAAUCAUUUCUGUGUGCUUUAAUAUGAACUGUAGUUUUGUUUCACAGCUGAACUGAGGUGAAUUAAACUCGGUUCGCUUGUUAGUGACUGAAAAAUAAAGCUUGAAACAUU